UGCAGCCUCCUCUGACGUCCUCGCAGCCGUCCUCCCUCCCUCCGUCCCCGCCCCUCUGGCGGCGGGAGAGCGGCUGGCUCGCCCUGAUCCCGGGAGCUGCCUGGAGGCGGGCCCGGCCCCGGGAAGGUGCGCGGCGGCGGGACCCAGCCCCUCGCUGGGAGCAGGCAUCAUGGUGCUGUCGGUGCCUGUGAUCGCGCUGGGCGCCACGCUGGGCACGGCCACCAGCAUCCUCGCGCUGUGCGGGGUCACCUGCCUGUGUCGGCACAUGCACCCCAAGAAGGGGCUGCUGCCGCGGGACCAGGACCCCGACCCGGAGAAGGCGAAGCCGGGCGUGCUCCGGUCGGCACAACAGUUCAACAUUAAAAAAUCCACGGAACCUGUUCAGCCCUGUGCCGUCCUCAAGUUCCCAGACAUCUAUGGACCCAGGCCAGCUGUGACGGCUCCAGAGGUCAUCAACUACGCCGACUACUCACUGAGGUCCACGGAGGAGCCAGCUGCACCUGCCAGCCCCCAACCUCUGAACGACAGCCGCCUCAAGAGGCAGGUCACAGAGGAGCUGUUCAUCCUCCCUCAGAAUGGUGUGGUGGAGGAUGUUUGUGUCAUGGAGACCUGGAACCCAGAGAAAGCUGCCAGUUGGAACCAGGCCCCUAAACUCCACUACUGCCUGGACUAUGAUCGGCAGAAGGCUGAAUUGUUUGUGACUCGCCUGGAAGCUGUGACCAGCAACCAUGAUGGAGGCUGUGACUGCUACGUCCAAGGGAGUGUGGCCAACAGGACUGGCUCUGUGGAGGCCCAGACGGCCCUAAAGAAGCGGCAGCUGCGCACCAGCUGGGAGGAGGGCCUGGUGCUCCCUCUGGCGGAGGAGGAGCUCCCCACAGCCACCUUGACGCUGACCUUGAGGACCUGCGACCGCUUCUCCCGCCACAGUGUGGCCGGGGAGCUUCGCCUGGGCCUGGACGGGACGUCUGUGCCUCUGGGGGCUGCCCAGUGGGGUGAGCUGAAGACUUCAGCGAAGGAGCCAUCUGCAGGAGCUGGAGAGGUCCUUCUAUCCAUCAGCUAUCUCCCGGCUGCCAACCGCCUCCUGGUGGUACUGAUUAAAGCCAAGAACCUCCACUCUAACCAGUCCAAGGAGCUGCUGGGGAAGGAUGUCUCUGUCAAGGUGACCUUGAAGCACCAGGCUCGGAAGCUGAAGAAGAAGCAGACGAAACGAGCCAAGCACAAGGUCAACCCUGUGUGGAACGAGAUGAUUAUGUUUGAGCUGCCUGACGACCUGCUGCAGGCCUCCAGUGUGGAGCUGGAAGUGCUGGGUCAGGACGAGGCAGGGCAGAGCUGUGCGCUCGGCCACUGCAGCCUGGGCUUGCACACCUCGGGCUCUGAGCGCAGCCACUGGGAAGAGAUGCUCAAAAACCCGCGCCGGCAGAUUGCCAUGUGGCACCAGCUGCAUCUGUAACCAGCUGCCUGGCUGCCUCCCUUCUUGGACAGCCCCAGCCUGUCCUCUGCAACCUCCUCUCUGUGCCCUUUCCUCAUUCUGACACCCAGGAGACAGUAACAGACGUGUUUGCAAGGCCAGGAUGCCUCUCUCAUCAUACUCCUCUUUCUAAGAAAUAAGCAAGAUAGGGCAGGACAGUGUGUGGAAAUGGAGUACGUGGGUCGCACUGAGGAAUGCAUUUUGCUCAUCUGUGUUACUGAAAGAGAUGCUUAUCAAAUACAGUUCCUAUGCCUGUUUUAUAGGUGGGGUUAGGCCAGAUGCAGAGGAAGCUAAAUGUGGGGAUCAUGGAUUCAAAGAAGAAUUUAGUUUUUUGAAAAACAGGCAUUUCAAAAAUGAUGAAGGAAGUGAAAGUAUCCUGGAUCAAUUCCUAGAGUUAGAGGUUGCCUGGAUGGAGCGAAACCUUAGCCAGCAUUCACUCAAGCUCACCACGCAGGGCAGCCACCCAGCAGUUCUCCAACUUUAGCGUGUGAAGAGUCACCAGCAGAUUCCUGGGCUCUCCUGGAGACAUUCCUAGUUGGUAUUCCUGGUCGAAGCCCAGGAGUCUUUGUUUUUAACAAGCUGAUGUAGAGGUUGAAGCACUGCACUUGGAGAAAUUCCUUCUGCAACAUUCCAGACAGGUUUUCGGCCACAGUCCUUGAUGGCAUCCCAAAACCAUGGUGCAGCCAGUUCUAAUGCUGGACACCUCAACCAUCAGUGUGAAAUCUGGGGCCUUCGCUUUUUAAAAUUUAAUUAUUUUAAUUCCUAAUACCUUAAUUUGUGCAUUUCAUUAGGGCCCUGCUCUUGGACUGAAUUUUGUGCUUUUUAUUGAAGAAUGUUAUUGUUUUUAUCUUAAAGUCAUCUUCUAUUAUCCUUGGGGAGACCAUUCCUAACAAAGUACAGGUGGGAUCUCCUGUGAGUCAUUGGCUGGGUUCUGAUUGCUAGAUGUCAUGCCCACCAGCAUCACCAAUGUGACUCUGAGACAGACCCGUCCCUUUUCAGCAUUCCAGUCACUUCAGGAGGAAUUUAGUUAUUGACUUAGUCUAUGAUAUCUGGCUACAUGUUAGGUAGAGAAGAAAGACAGUUUUAAAAAGGAAGUCAGGUCACUUUUGCAAAUGUGCCUCCCUCUGCCCAUUUUCACUUGAAUGGGUAAAUAACCAGCAGCUAGGGUUUGAAUUUUUACCUUGUUACUCUAAACAGAUGUCCACAUUGUUAAUUAAAUCUAAAUCAUUAG